AUGGGAGCAUACCGCUUCGUGCUCGUAAAACCUGCGGUCAGGCCUGCCUAUCCACUCUUGGGCGUGUUUCCCUUGCCAGUCACACUACCCACACAAGCAUUGCUCGCGGUUGGCGUCGUCCUCAUUGUCGCUUUUGCCGUUGCCAUAUAUAGCGAUAUGCUCAAACCAGGUCUGCAAGCAGCAUCUCGCCUCCACCCAUGUACCCCUUCGGCUUCGUCCGACAGAUCGCAGCCAUUGCGGCGCGCUCGUUCCGCUAAUCUUUCCAACUCUACAUCGAGAGCCUCUUCUCUGUCUUCGACAGCGCCAAGAACUCGGCUGUCCAGUCCGAAAUACAAGGGUCUUCGCAACACUGGAAACACGUGCUUCUUCAAUUCCACCUUACAAUCCAUCUCGUCCUUGACACUCUAUCGAAAGUACCUGUACCUUUUGGUGCACGAAGCCGAACGAUGGGAUACUCCAACGCCAGUCAUCGAUGCACUUCUUGAGCUUAUAGAGGAACUCGCCACACCCGGAGAUCGCAAUGCGGCCAUCAAUCCGGUGCAGCUCGUCCGAGCGCUUCAAAACUUGCCGUCGUCUUCAAUAAGAAGCCUCGUAGGCGCGCACCAGCAGCAGGACGCUCACGAGCUCUUUGCGUUCCUCAACGAGGCCGUCGAUGUCGAGGCAAAAGCGAUACAGCAGGAACGAUCGGCCUCACUCGAGGCAGAACAAGCAGGGCUUCGAGCGCUCAUGGCGCCAUCUUUGCCUUGGGGUGGUCGCGGUGUCUAUGCAGAUCCAGCGCAAGCUAAGCCCAACCCUAAUCUCAUGAGCAAUGGUGCUUUAAAUCCAUUGCAUAUGCACGGCGUACCACACAAUGUCAACGAUGCUACAGGUUUAGAUACAUCGAACUCGAACAGCGAUCACGUCCUCAUGAUCUCACCCUUCGACGCCCUCCUGGCGCAGCGCACCAUCUGUCUUGACUGCGGAUACUGCGAAGCCAUCCGCCACUUUUCAACUUCCGAGAUCUCCUUGUCCGUACCAGCAUUCAAUGUACGCACACGGACGUCGGAUAUCACGGGCACCUCGGCGUGCUCGCUUCAGGAGUGUCUUGCAUUGUGGUCCGAGUUGGAGCAAGUGGAUUGGAUCUGCUGGAACUGCACUUUGCAUAAUUCAUUGCAAGCAGUCAAGGUCGACAUUGCCUCCAAGGGCGCAGCUGCCGCAACGGUGAAGCCGAACGGUGCUUCUGCAAACGGCGACGUCCACGUAUCACCCAAUGGAAACGGCACCUUGACGCCCGCCAAGAAGAAACGCCUAGCCCAGCUCAGGUCGAAAGAGAUCAAGCUGACGCGCAUCCUGCAGUCGGGGUUGUCAGAAGACGAGCUGAAGCAGGCCUCAGAAGAUUCUGCUUCACCAUGGCACAAUGUGUUGAACAACAUCCAACUUAAAAAGACGAUUAGCCGUUCGUCUACCAAACAGAUCAUGAUCUCUCGGCCACCGCGGAUAUUGACGUUGCAUCUCAACCGGUCGUCUUACUCAACCUCUUCGUGGGCGCCGUCAAAGAACAGUCGACACGUUCUCUUUCCAGAAUACCUUGACCUGAGCGAAUUCACUCUGCAGGGGAGCAUCUCAUUGGACGGUCGGCAGGCGAUGAACUUGGGCAGUCUGCCGAGCGUGAAGCAAGCACCGGAUGUGAAAGCGGAAUCGAUUUACCGACUCGCGGCUAUUGUCGUGCACUACGGCUCGCACUCUUUUGGACACUACAUCGCAUUCAAGCGUGUCGCAGAGGCUGAUGGACGCGACAAAGGCAUAGGCGAUCAUGGUUAUCUGGAGGCGGAUACCUGGCUGCGAAUCUCUGACGAAAGCGUCACACGCGCGUCGAUUCAGCAGGUGAAACAGGAGAAUCCAUACAUGCUGUUCUACGAGCUCAUGCCAGCUCGUCACGAGCAUCAGCAGGAAUUGCACGUCGAGCUGCCAGGCGGAAGAGCUGAUUACGCAACGCUGCAGAAGGCGAUCGCUGGUGGCAUGGCGGCCUCAAAUCGAGAGUCAGCAUGCAGUCAGAAGACCAGUGGUGUCGAUCAAGCUCAAGUUGCACCGUCAAGAGCCAACCCAGCGCCGAGCUCGAUACGUGUGAGACCGAGGACCGUACAUCGUUGGAGCACGCCUCCCGUGGCCUAG